UUGUCACGAGCAAGAACAUCUAGAGCAACAGAGCAUUUACGAAAGGUGCAUCGAAUCUCGUCGAAGAAAACUGCGGCUGCAGUUGAAGGAAAACGAAAGCGAGAUGAAACGGUUGAACGGCUGCUCUCGUCGAAUUUGUAUCGAACAAACCCUCAACGCCUUCAUUUGCUGCUGGAAACCCUUCGCAUCGUGAACAAUAACUUGCCUUUCUGUAGCGGCGAGUACGAACAAUCCCGAGUAAUCCGGCAGGUGGUGGUGAGAGAAAAGAUGCAGACUACGAUAAAUGCAGAGCGAAUUGCGAAGGCAAUUGUCGAGCUCUACAGCUCGACCAAAGCGGAGUUAAUUGACUUCUUAGAACGUAAUCGCUCCGAUUGCGCGAAUUUUGUGAUCAUGACAGACUUUUGGACUUGUCGUACAACUCAUGGGAAAUAUUUAGGGUUGCGGUUUUAUCUCGUGGAUGAGUUUUGGCAAAUGCGAUCGGUGAUGCUUGGAACGCGAAAAUUUAGCCCAUCGUAUGGAGACCGCGACGUUGGAAUUCAAGGUCCAUUUUCGGCAUUUCGUUUUUGCUGCCACGAGCGACGCUGGGCCUGGUGUCAAAAACUUGCUGGUCAACAAAUUGAAAUACAUGCUGCGCACAUGGCCCAUGCAGCGACAAAGGAAGCAUGUGGAAUGAGAAAUGAUGCAAGUAAGUCGCUGAAUCCGGGCAUGACUAAGUUGAUUUCACGGACUAAGAAGACUAUUUACCAGAUUCGCACCGUGGAAACUACUGGCAAUUUAUUUCAAGAGCUGUGUAGAACACAAACUGAAACUGGAACAACCCAACUUCUUGAUUACAAUCCAGCCCGAUUUUUGAGUCUGAGGACAGCAAUUAGAAGGAUUCUGGAUAAAUGGACUGCGAUAGUUGCCUGGUAUGAUGAAAGGGCACUAAAAGCAAUUUACUCGAGAACGCCUUCGAAAGGCGCUCGAUUCACGAUUUUUUUCGAGAUAUUACAAGACGAGUGA